AUGGCAGCUGGAAUGAGCAUCUACAGCAUGGCAGCAAUUGGUGAGGGUCCUCAAGAGCAAAAUGGCUUGCGUGAGAAAACACCAGACAUAACAGACAGUGAGGAACUGGACGCAGAAACAGAGGACGACGAUGAUGCAGUCCAGGCAAGGAUGUGGGAGGAGUACCUUGAGCUGUUGGAAGCGGCGAAGUCAACGCUGCCAGUUCCAUUUCGAGAUGAUGGGCCUCCACUGGGGUAUGAAUUUGAUGACAUUCCCAGCUCAGACGAAGGAACAGUGCGGAAGGAGAAAAAAAGCAGUGGGGGGAAGAGCGGUCGGUCUAAAAUGAUUGGACUUGAUGACUACGAAGCUGAGGCAAACGCCGAUGGGAAGAUUCAGGGCAUCCGCAAGCGAAAGACAGGUGGGGGAUCCAGCGGGCGCCGCAAGGCGAUUAGCGCUGCCACGUUUGAGGAAAAGCUCCAGCAGAAACGGCAACAAGAGCUUGCGCGAGCAGAGAAGAAGCGGUUGGAAGAAGAGAAAAAGGCCAAACGUGAAGCAGAUAAAGCGGCACAGAAGCAACGUAAAAUGGAGCAAACCAUGAAGAAGGAGCAGGAACGGCUUGAAAGGGAGCGCAAGAAGGCACUUGAACGUGCUGAACGUGAGCGUGAAAAAGAAGAGCGCAGGAAAGCAAGGGAAGAGGAAAAGCUGCGGGCGCAGCAACUUCGAGAACUAAAGAAAGUGGAGCUGCAGAAGGAGAAGGAACGGAAGCAGUUGGAAAGAAAGCAACAGCAAGAGAAAACUCGAAGGGAAAAGGAACUGCAAAAGGCUUUGGUGAAGGCAGCAACCAAGGCCCUGCAGAAGCAAUUGGAUGCUGGGCCACCCGAUGAUGAGGACCUUGAGUGGGAAAAACUGGUUGAAUCCCAGAGAGCCAUCGGCUAUGGGUCCGACACUGGCGGUGGUCCCAUGGAACCGAGACUGCUUGAAAGGCCAGAGUUUCCUCCACCUACGCUGGGCCUGAAGAGUGCCUUCCCCCACUUUGGAGACAAGGUUGGGGGAGAUAUCCUGAUGGUGUGGUCAUUUGUUCAUUCUUUUCGUGAGGUUUUUGGCUUGCAGCCAUUCACGGUGGAUGACCUGGUGGAGUCUAUCUACGAAGGGCAGUCCUCCAAGUUGCUCAGCACCAUCCACAUUUGCCUCAUCCAGAUCCUGCAGGCAGACAUGGAAGAAUCGCACAACCUUGUGGUGGUCCAGGGAGGUGGUGGCACAGCCAACUUUAUGGACCGUGCUGUCGUAGCAACGGCAGCCAUCCUAGAUGAGGCCUGGGCUUGGGGCUUUGAUGUAGAUGUCUGGAGAGCCCACCUCAACGAGUUAACCUGGCCAGAGAUCUUCCGUCAGCUUGCGAUCGCAGCUGGCCAUGGCCCUCGGCGUCCCAAAGCAGGCAAGGACCCCAAACCAAAGUUGGGCACAGAGGGUGAGGAUGUGGUUGUGGAUGAGUCUGGUGGGCUACGACUGAAGAUGCCUUCCAGAUUUGCUGCUGGCACUGUCAAGGCAGCUGCCUGGCAGGUACUGGCAGAAGCUGGUCCGGAGGGUCUGUCGAUCGCAGAGAUCGCCAAGAGGAUACAAAAGCAGGGGCUGAGGGACCUCAGGACAUCAAAGACACCAGAAGCAUCUGUGGCGGGUGGUUUGUCAAGAGACGUUGUGUUCACAAGGGUGGCUCCAGCCACGUAUGCCCUCCAGGCUGUUGUUGCGUAUCAUCGGCGACUGCUGCAGAAUGCGGCUGCUGGCGAUGGUGAUGCACAACAAAAGGAACUUGCCAAGAAGAUGGAUGAUGUGGAAGUCACAAAACAGUCCCCUGAAGAUGUCAAGAAUGAUGCAGAUGAGGGUAACUGCACUCCGGCCCAUGUGGAUGACUUGGACGCCACAGAUGACGAGGAAUUGGCUGAUGAAGAUGAGGCCCCUGGGGAACCCUGGGUGUGCGCUCUGAUAACCAAUGACUACGAUGCGCUUUCAUUUGAAGACAAAUUGGCAGGCCUGGUGACACUGACUAAUAUGGGCCUGGAUGGUCCCACCAUCCGUUCCUACCUGGAUGCACGUCUUGAUACCCAGUUUCAGGCAAGGAAGCGACAGGCUGAAGAAGCAAAGGCUGAGAAACGAAGAAAACAAGCAGAGGCUCAAACACUUGCUGAACAGGCAGCUGAAGAAGCUCAGCGUCGGUUAAUGCAGUUGCGGAAUCCUUCCAGUGACCUUCUGGCUCCUGCACAAGCAACCACUGAUGCCAGGAUGCCUGAUAGUCUCACAGCUGGAAACCAGCUGGCACCCAACAACGCCAUUGACUCUGCCAUUCAGGAUGCCAUCCUCGACCAGGCCAAUGCAACCCCACCACACACUUCUGGAGCAAUUGCGAACUCAGCCGCAUUCCCCCUGACUGCUGGAAAGCCAGCAGAAGGCGGUAGUGAGACUAAGAAAACGGAAGUGGUCGAUGACAGUCAGGCCAUCCGCUAUGAGUCGCUGGGCAUGGAUCGUCGAUUCAAUCGCUACUGGAAGUUUGCAUCGACUUCUCAGGAUGGGUCAUGCAGGGAGGAGGAUCCUUGCACUCGAUGUGUGUUUGUGGAGAGUGUAGCCGAUGGCUCAUUUCGGUUGCUUGAAAGGCCAGGGCAGCUUGGGGAACUGAAGGCUGCACUUGACACAAGGGGUGCCCGAGAGGGGCCUUUGUUCAAUGCACUUGCUGAACAGGAACGCAGCAUAAGGACCAAUGAUCCUGGCUGGCGGGAAAGGCCAGUGGUUGACCCUGAAUUCCAACAAGCUGUGAAGCGAAGACGCCACAACUCUGACUGGUUCAGCUCGAUUUCUGUGGUCGCACAACGCUGGAUCGUUGAUGAUGAGUACGUCUCAGAGAUCGAUGCCCCUGCUGCUGCACCUGUACUGCGGAAGUUGAAGCAGGAGCUGCUUCGAAUGGAAGCAGUGUUGUCCCAAGAUUGCUUUGAAAACUGGGAUAGGUACCAGUGGAUUGAGGCAGUCCGGGCAGUGAACAGUGUGGAGGGGUUGCGUGACUGCCUCGGUCGGCUGGAGGCGUCACUCAUUCGGCUUCGUGUUUCUCCUGGCUUCAACCGGAGCCCUCUGCUUGUGCAAGGCGCCUGGGUGAGGGUGGGUAGCGAGGUGGCUAGUGCUGUGCUGGGGAAAAAGGGGGAGGUGCAACAGCUGCCAGAGGCCUCCAUCUGCCCUGAAGACAUGCAUGGCACCUACGAACCACUGGCAUGGUUGCCAACGACCAACUCUUCCAUUGCUCUCCGGCUUUUGGCCCUCGAUUCCGCCAUAAUGUACAGGAGCAAUGUACCACCUGCGAGGGAGACUCUGCAUGUCUACAAGUACAUACAACGGCCGGCUGCACCUGAUUACCAUCAUCGAGAGAGUCCUGUAAGCACCCCAAGUGUAAUGCCAGACUGCAAGAGGAAAGGGAAAGGAAAGAUAUUUUCAGGAGACCCAAUUGGCUUGGGUGGACAAGUGAUCGCCUCUGUUCUGCCAGCGUUUCCUCACACUUUAGUGACGAAUGAGGAACGGCAAGAGUUUACUAUCAAGAUUGAUGAGCUGCUUGAAGAAGUUGCCCAGGCCGAAACAGACGGGACCAUGCACGAUCCAAUGCCGUUGGUUUCCACUUCGGGACGUGGAAGGGGUAGACGGGGCGGCGGCCGUGGCAGAGGGCGUGGAGGCGGCGGCCGAAAGGGCAGAAAGCGCACCGCGCUCGCUCUGGAGCUGGACAAGAUGUCUGACGACGAUGAUGUGACAGAGGACAACGGAUUGUCAGAGGAGAUGGAGCCGUCCAGCUACGAGUACAAGUCCGGAUCAGUGUACAACCCUGUAAGCAGUCACGCGGGCUCAGGGGCUCAAACGGUGAACUACUACGAAGACGAGGCGUUCUUGGACGCGCUGGAAGGCCUUGAGGACGGCAGGGAGGGCGUCCUGGACGAUGAUGACGAUGAAGACUUUCAGUUGUGA